AUGGACGGCUCUGAGCCAUAUCAGGGCCCUCUUACACGCCCUCGAACGAGUGACACCGGGGCCGCGGUGCUGGGCAGCGAUGGUGAAGACAAAGACCACAUCGGCCAUGACGCAGAAAGACCCCCCAGCUCACCCUCAUCGUUCUCGGAUUCGGAUUCGGAUUCGCACACCUCUUGGCUCACCCAAGCAUCGCUUCAGCCUCUCCGUGUCGUAGUUGCGCCAUUUGUGGAGCCGCCAGCAUCUGAAGAGCACGCUGAGUGGCAUAAGCUCCGAAGUUUUCUCUAUCUACUGCGCUUCGGGUCAAGAGAAUCGCCGCAUCGGGUUCCGGCGGUGGUAGAGGCACUCGAUCGAACGCAGGCAUCUGUUCUGGAUCUGCUGGCAGAAUGGUGGAGUGGACGACCGUAUGACACUGCACUGCCUGCGAUCAAACGACAUCAGUUUCUAUUGGCCCUCAGUGCGUCCGACAGGGAGACAUUCUGCUUCCACUUUAACGAGCUGAAGGAUCUAUGCUUUGAGAGGGAUUUGGUCUACUUGAAUGACGCGGGCAGAAUGCGACAACUGUCCUACAAUGGGGACAGCUGUAACUGCAAGCAAUCUAUACAAUUCCUCGAAAGGAGUAAAGAAGACAUGCUUGAAUCGACGGGGGCCUCGUAUCACAAAACGAUGUUCAGCCUUUACUAUAUCGAAUUCGACCCCUCCGCACAAUGGCAGGACCUAGACGUAGACAUCGCCACGGUUCGGGACUUUGCAAGUGGUCGAGCAGCUUUGGAACGAAUUGGGCUUCGCGCGCUGAUACAAGUCAGUUCAUUCGACAAUGCUGGCACGGCGUGUCCGCCAAACCCCAAGGUAAAAGACUUUCUUCGGCCGCUUCCCAGCAUCCUCAAUCCUUGUCACUGGUUGAGCUCCGACGAACCUGUCGGCCUGCCCUAUUAUCUAUGGGAUAUCGAGCUCCGUCGUACAGUGGAGACUGCAGGCCUUCGCGGACCGGAUAUUCGAUACGCUAUAAUAAGCCACACGUGGGGACGACUGAGGGAAGGGUGUGCCACGGAAAGUGUGCGCGGCGUUCCAUGGCAGGUUCCCAAGUUGACUAGUUACGAUGUUAAGCAGCUUCCUGAGCUGAUCAUGGACGCCGGUUUUGCAGAGCCAUAUCUGUGGUUGGAUCUCUUCUGCAUACCCCAAGAGAUGUCUGUUGACUGGCAAGCACGCAUUUGUAAGGCUGAAUUACCAAGGCAGCUGGCUAUUUUCAGGAACUCGAGCGCCGCGGCCAUAUGGAUGAACGACGUUGCCAGUUGGGACAAUACCGCGGAGGCUGCUGCUUGGCUGGGGCUGAGAUUCUUAAAGCGUUCCUACGAAGACAGUUCGGUUAUAUAUCAAGAUCUCUGCGAGGCAUACGAUGCGCUUGAGACUGCCACGCAAUCAGCAUCAUCCCGUUGUGACCUCAUGGACAGGACUGAGCCUGUGGAAGAGGUCGCACAGAGAACGAUGGCGCCUGCAUGGUUUACCUCGUUGUGGACCCUUCAGGAAAUCAUUAUUCGCCCCGAUAUGAUCUUGUUGGAUAAGCAGUGGCGGCCUCUAACAGUCGGUAAUGAGCUGCUCAUUACCUUCGACAGCCUCAUAACACUCCUUAACGAGCUAUCCGACAUCCAAGACGCCCCAACUGGGGUGGCGACGCUGAUAUCAGGAUAUGAAGACCACCAAAUGCACCUCCUUGCCAGAAACAGUCGACUUGACUGUCUCAUAUUGGGCGUGCAUCGCCAAUCCACAAGCCCCAGGGCGCCAGCAGUCAUGUCCGCGCUGGGGGCAACCAGCUGGUUCCGCGGGCAGACUCUUCGACAGUUCCAAUCGCCGGAGGACGCUGAUCGUCUAGUUCUCGGUCUCUACCCACUCGACUUUGUUCAGGAAGUCCGCAAACUCGUGGGUGCGCCAUUCUUCUCCUGCUCCAACACGGUCGCCACUUUAGUUAUUGAUGAGGAUACGGCAGAACCAGCACCCGGCUAUCCACUCAGGGGCACGAUGCUCCCAUUCAUGCCUAUACCUUCCGGCCUUCUCAAAUCCUAUGUGCAUCCCCACAAGGAUCAUGUUGGCGACUUUCAUGACCCGACUGUACGCCGCUGGCGGGUUCAGCUCGACGGGAGCGUCUUCCUGCCCAGGGUAGCGGUCAUUGCAUCUAAUACAAUGGUGCUCAAGACACCCUUCCAGGCGAAGUGUUGGAUGGAGAGCAAUGAUCCAGAGGAUACCACCUCCAGGCACACUGUGUCCCGCACAUUCCCACUGCAGGAGUGGAUAUGCAAGUUCAGUGGCGAAGCUCAUGCCAUAUGCACUGUGUUUCACUACGAGCGAAUGGCCGGAAUUAUUCUGCAUCGUGUAAAAGAUAGCGAGGCAUUCGUCAAGGCCGGGACAUUCGACCAUGACUGGGCUGGGCGGGACGAUCACGCUAAGAUAGCACUGCCAUUUAGGACGGUUUGUGAUGUUGGCUGGCAUGUUUUGUAA